UUCGUCUGGUUCAAAAGCUAUAGAUCGAUUCCUAGGCUUACCUCAAACCUCAGUCUCCGUUGACUACUGAGACUCGUCGACCUCUGAUCCGAUUCGAUCUACUUCCGAUCUUGAUGAUGGCCGGAGGUGGCGUACGAUUUCUGGUUUUGAUACUCGUCGUAGCAAUUUGCGGUGCUGCUUCUGUUUUCCAGCCGAUCUCAGACUCUCACCGAUCUGCGGCUCUGGAUGUCUUCGUACCAGUCGAUGGAUCAUACAAAAGCUUGGAGGAGGCAUAUGAAGCAUUAAAGACUUUAGAGAUUCUUGGAAUUGAGAAAAAGUCUGAUCUUAGCUCAGCGACUUGUGAGUAUGUCGUUAAAGUUCUUGGGUCGUCUUCUUCUACUCUUAAGGAUGCAUUUUAUGCGUUAAACGUUAAUGGGAUUCUGAAAUGUAAAAUUGGUGAAGCUGGUCCUAAGGACAUUGUUUCUCAACUACAAGCUGGUGUUAAAGAUGCCAAGUUAUUGCUUGACUUCUAUUAUUCUGUCAGAGGCUUGGUGCUCGUUAAGGAGCAAUUUCCUGGAACUGAUAUAAGUCUUGGAGAUGCCGAAGCCAUUUUCCGUUCCAUCAAGGCUCUUAGCCAGAGUGAUGGAAGAUGGCGCUACAGCUCCAACAAUCCAGAAUCAAGCACCUUUGCUGCUGGCUUAGCCUACGAAACGCUUGCUGGAGUGAUUUCAUUAGCACCUUCAGAGCUUGAUCCAUCUUUGAUCCAGACGUUGAAGAAGGGAAUCGUGAAGCUAUUUGACAGUAUCCAAAAAUUUGACGAUGGGACAUUUUAUUUUGAUGAGAAGUCUGUUGAUGCAAGUCAAGGCCCGAUCUCAACAACUGCAUCAGUAAUUAGAGGGCUCACGUCAUUUGCAGCUUCAGAAUCCACAGGAUUGAACCUGCCAGGUGAUAAGAUAGUUGGUCUGGCCAAAUUCUUUCUGGGUGUUGGAAUUCCUGGUGAUGCCAAGGACUUCUUCAACCAAAUAGAUGCACUAGCUUGUUUGGAAGACAACAAGUUUUCUGUUCCACUCAUCUUGUCUCUUCCAUCUACUGUCAUUUCGUUGACAAAGAAAGAGCCUCUAAAGGUUAAAGUUAGCACUGUACUGGGUUCGAAGGCACCAGCUCUUAGUGUGAAGCUCACACAAGCUCUAAGUUCUAAAUCUGUGGAUUCAUCUGUAAUAAAUAACCAGGAGCUUAAGUUUGACGCUGACAGUGCAACGUACUUCCUGGACUCCUUUCCCAAGAACUUUGACGUUGGAAAAUAUACAUUUGUAUUUGAGAUUUUACUGGAUGAUUCAGCACAUGAGAAAGUAUACAUAACCGAAGCUCAAACAAAAGUCCCUAUAGCUGCCACAGGAGUUAUUAGCAUUGAAAAUGCAGAAAUUGCUGUACUUGACAGUGACAUUGGGAGUGUUGAAUCUCAAAAAAAGCUAGAUUUAACUAAAGAUGGAGCGGUAUCAUUAUCAGCAAACCACCUUCAAAAGCUACGCCUGUCGUUCCAGUUAACUACUCCAAUUGGCAAUGCGUUUAAGCCACACCAGGCAUUUUUCAAGCUGAAACAUGAGUCACAGGUCGAGCAUAUCUAUCUCGUGAAAACUUCUGGCAAGAAGGCUGAAUUAGUUCUAGAUUUUCUUGGAUUGGUUGAGAAGCUCUACUACCUCUCUGGUAAAUAUGAGAUCCAGCUAACCAUUGGAGAUGCUUCUAUGGAGAACUCUUUACUGAGUAAUAUUGGCCACAUCGAACUAGACCUACCAGAGCGUCCAGAGAAGGCGCCUCGUCCUCCUCAACAAUCUACUGAACCUUACUCAAGAUAUGGACCAAAAGCUGAAAUAUCACACAUAUUCAGGAUUCCUGAAAAGCUUCCAGCAAAGCAGCUCUCACUAGUUUUCUUGGGAGUUAUCGUCCUCCCAUUCAUCGGUUUCCUGAUAGGGCUUACACGGUUGGGAGUGAACAUAAAGAGCUUCCCAUCGUCGACUGGAUCUGCAAUAUCGGCUUUACUUUUCCACGGCGGAAUUGGAGCUGUUUUGCUUCUCUAUGUGCUUUUCUGGUUAAAGUUGGAUCUGUUCACGACUCUCAAGGCACUUUCUUUGUUGGGAGUGUUUCUGUUGUUCGUCGGACACAGAACACUAUCUCAGCUCGCAGCAGCAUCGAACAAGUUGAAAUCUGCUUGAAGAAGAGAAAUUCACUAUGACGGAUCUUUUUUUUUGGUUUAUGCGUAUUUCAGUUUUGUAGCAUUGCUUAUAUAGAUUAUGGUGAUAGACAAAUUCAAAAGGAUUGCAGAAUUUUUCUUGCUCUCAGUUUAGUCUUAAAAGAGUUAUCAAGAGUGUCGCUUUCGUUGAACCAAAUCAAAUGAGAUAAUUAUUAGCUCAUUAUUA